GGUGCUUUCGCUUCUCCAAGUUGGGAGUGACCUCUGCUCCGGCAGGCAAGGAGGACAGCAGCGCAGCUGCCCGCACGGUGCGCAGCACGGCCCCGUGAAGCCUAUGGAUGAUGCUGUACCGGACAUAUCAGUCAUACUGGCAGCGGCUGCAGCACGACAAGGACUUCCUCACAACCAGCAGCCGACUGAAUGAGCAAGUGGUGGACAAAAUUAUUCUGCAGCUCAACAGAGUCUACCCUCAAAUCCUUACCAAUGCAGAAGCAGAAAAGUUCAGGAACCCAAAGGCAUCACUCCAUACCAGACUUUCAGAUCUGAUAAAGCACCUUCAAAAGAAGGGGGAUAGGCACUGUCAAGAGUUUUACAGGGCUCUGCAGAUCAAUGCUGAAGAGCUGUAUAAUGACCUGCCAAGCAGGAAGAUCUUGAAAGCCGCAGACUCUGCAGAGAUAGCCACUGACAAGGAGCAAUAUAUGCUAAAUGGCAGGGGCCCAGUGUUUUUCCUGGCAUGUUUCAGCGUGGCUGCAGGAUUUGCCUUGCUCUGGUACUGCUGUCACUCAGAUACCAAAGUCCCAGGACGAGCGCGGAGAAUCUUCGGCUUUGCUCCCAUUAUCCUGGGGAGACACGUGAGAAGUAUUUGCAUGUUGUACUUGGAGGACCUGGCAGGAGACUAAGGAGGAGCUGCCUGUUGGCCUGGCUGUGCUGCCAGGGGAGACAGCAGGGCGUGAGCAGCAGCCUGCCACACUCGUACCAAAGAUGUUCUUACCUGGCUCCAUCAGGAACUGUGCUGCCUUAAGCUGCUUGCAGAGCUCCAGCUGUGUGAGUCCUGCCCAGGGCAAAGGGCCCUCUGGUUUUGUACAUGCUGAUUUUAAAGUAUUUAUCAUGUGGGUAGAAUGUGUUUUUAAGACAGACUUUAAAAGGAUGCCAGGAUCAUGGGUCUAAGCCAUGUUUGCCUGUCUGUUUCAUACUGGAAUGAAGGAGCUGAGCUGUGUAAGGAACGCUAGCCUGCCUUUUGUCACAAUGCCUUUAAGAAAAGCACUUAAGUUCCCCUUCCCCCCACUCAAAGCCUUACUAAGAAAUGGAUCUCUAUCUCAGGGCUGUUUGCUCAGGUGGGCACUGGCACCUAUGACGUUUAUCAGUGCCAGCUGCCUUUGUGUAUGCCUUGUGCUUGCCAUGGUUUCUGAUUGUCCUGUUUGUGCCUCAUCCCCACCUGCCUUCGUCGUGUUCACGCUCAGCUGCUGGCCGUGCUUUGCACGUGCUGGAGCUGGUUCCCAGCCCACAGAAGGUCCUAUGGACUGGAAUGUCUGAUCUGAAGCACUUGAAACUACUAAGAAGGUUUUUCAGAUUGCCUUAGCUUUUCCUUUUCCACUGAAGUGUUUUGCAGUCUUUAUAUGUAAGAAACUGAAGUCAUCCAAAAUGUUUUUCUGGCCAAAUAUGUAUCUGUGUAGUUGAAGAGCUUUGGGCUGUUGGUGAUGCUUUGAUUCUGUGAGUUGAAACGUGAAGAACUUGCAGGAACCAUUGCCAGACUAAUUCUUGAGGGAGUCAGGGCUGCAGGUGAUGCAGCUUGGGGUUUCUUAGCUUUAUGAACCUAACCAUAGUCCUGCCUAGUUCAGUAGAAAUGGCGUUCCUCUUCCAGAGGGUGGGGGCAGUAGCUCUGAACUUCAUGGGAGGAAUUGCAUUUUCAGUAGUGAGUUCUUCAGUUGCCUGCUCAAGAACCUGAGGAAUUUGGGGAGACCACAUCCCUGUACUUGAGGAGAAUGAUGCUUUGUGGCUCUGUGUUCCCUGACCGAAUGAAGAGAUGUCCAGAUCAAGUCAUCUGGCACCUGCAUGAGACUUGCAGCUACAUCAUGAGGAUCCCAUGUGAGCAUCUAAGUCAUUUGCAGUGGGUUUCUCAAAGUGGUCAGACUGAACAUUGUCUUCCAGCUUUAAAUGUUAUUCAUGUUAUAAAAAUGUCAUUGUCUUGCCCAAGGCAGAUCAUCUUGUGAUAACUGUAUGGCCUUUCACUCACUUGGUCAUAGAAUCAUAGAACUGUUUUGGUUGGAAAAGAUCUUUAAGAUCAUUGAGACCAACCCUUAUUCAACUCUGCCAAGUCUGGUGCCAAGCCAUGUGCUGCAGAAUCACAGCUCUGCCACUUUGAAACACCUCCAGGCAUGGGGAUUCCACCAGCUUCCUGGGCAGCCUGUGCCAGUCUUUGAGAACCCUUUCAGGGAAGGAGUUUCUUCUGAUGUUCAACCUAAACCUCCCCUGGUGCAGCUUGAGGCCAUUUCCUCUCAUCCUGUCAGUUGUUGCUUGGGAGAAGAGCCCAACCCCCACCUGGCACCAGCCUCCUUGCAGGGAGUGGUAGAGAGUGAGGCCUAGCAAGCAUAUGGUGCAGAGGAGUUGAGUACAGGGCCAGAAUUUCACAUAGAAGAUCUAAGGAGUAUUUGAGGGAAACAUCUUGAGAGAGAAGACCCUGAUUUUACUCUCCUGAUGAAGUAUUUCUCCCAUGGCGCAGGAGGGACAUGAGCUAAGGCCAGGUAGAGGUAGCCAUGGUCUUGGUUAGGUCAGAUCUGAAGAACAGAAAGGAGGCUGCUCCCCUGCCCGAGUCAGGCUGCCCAGGUCACUCACAGCCAGGCUGUACU